AUGGUGUACACGUUUUUGGUGAAUCUCAUGAGUUCCCUGUGCACAACCAGGACUCAGAAUGCCUCACUUCGUGGAAAACAUAUCAUGAUAGCAUUGACUGGUUUUUGGUUAGAGGUAGUGGAAAAAACAGGAGAUAGCAUUGACAGUAGCCUCCUGGACCUCAUGUUUGCAUCCCUAGUCUUGCUACUUGGACUUGAUACUGUGACCUCAUCAAAUAAUAUUGAGAGAUUAAAACGAGACAUCAAAAAUUUAUCAAAUAAUGUAUUUCACUUUUCCAUAGCCUUGCUUCCCAUUGCUGAUGAGCUUCUCUUCCGUGCAGUUGGGGGGGAAAACCAUCAGGGCUUCUCUCAUCUUACUGGAUGUGCUGAGUGUGUUAUUCCUCCAGAGCACCAUGCACUACAGAAUGAAAUUGAAAAGUUUGCUGAAAGUGCAGACUCCACAUAUGCUUGUGUAAUGAUGGAAGGGCAAGUCGUCAGUGGAACACGAAACUUCUGGACUCUCUCCCACACAGAGCUGGUUCUGUUGCCUCUCUUGGUGACUUCAAACACAUUCACUGUAGCUCGAGAUCUUCCCAUCUAUCUCCCAAACAGAGUCCUAAUUGGAUUUUCACUGAUUUAG